UUCUUCCUCGUCUUUCCACUUCGGCGGCCGCCCAACCUCCCGCUGCGGAAGUACUGCGGCGGAUUCCUCCGACGUCGCCGGCCGUUCUCGCAUCAAACUCUACGUCACUGAUUUGUUCGAUCUGUUUCGGUAGCGAUUCUAUAUCUGAACGUGAGCUCUCUAUGUAAUUUACGCCGAUCUGUCUGAUAUUUUGCGCCACUGGCCUACUCUUCAAAAUUCGAUCUUGCUUAAAUUUCACUUAAUUUUUACGGUAUUUUUGUGGAUCUUUGUUGAUCGGUGUGGCACUUCGAUUCCGCUUCGACUGCCCUUAUGAGGUAAUGAUCCGCGGACUUUCGACAUGCUUGUUGAACGUCUGCGUUGCUUCCCUUUGUAAAGCUCGGAACUUGGAAAAGGCUGAGGCUGUCAUCAUUGAUGGUAUUAGACUAGGUUGCCUCCCUGAUGUUGUCACGUAUAACACUCUGAUCGACACGUAUUGCUGGCUGGAAGGCAUUGAUGAAGCGUAUUCGAUACUUUAUAGGAUGAAAGAAGCAGGAAUCAAACCUGAUGUCAUAACUUAUAAUUCUUUGAUCGCUGGAGCUAGUCGCCAUGGCUCGCCAUCACGAUCCCUGCAGUUGUUUGAAGAAAUGCUGCAGGUUGGACUUGUGCCGGAUGUGUGGAGUUACAACACCUUAAUGCAUUGCUUGUUCAAAUUCGGACAUACAGAGGGUGCCUUUAAGAUUUAUGUAGAAAUGAGAUCAAAAAGUAUCCCUCCCUCAUCAACCACAUACAAUACCUUGAUUAAUGGUCUGUGCAAGUCUGGGAAAGCCGUGAGUGGUCUCAGGCUCUUUAGGUACUUGAAAAGGCAUGGUUUUACUCCAGAAGUGAUUACAUACAAUACAAUUAUUGAUGGCCUAUGCAAAUCUGGUAGGUUAGCUGAAGCGAGGAAGAUUCUUAAGGAGUUGGGUGAAUCAGAUUAUGAUCCAAAUGUGAUUACUUACACAACAGUCAUGAAAUGCUGCUUUAGACAUGGAAAAUUUGAACAGGGAUUUCAGAUAUUUGAUGGGAUGAUAGAGAAAGGCUAUACAACAGAUGUAUUUGCAUAUUGUGCAGCAAUAAGUGCAUUGGUCAAAAGGGGUAAUCUUGAAGAUGCUAGUUUAUGUGUAGAGAAGAUGCUAAGAAAUGGAAUCAACCCAGACACAGCAUGUUAUAAUACUAUAGUUUAUUUGCAGUGCAAAGAAGGUAACCUAGAUUAUGCAUUUCAGUUGGUCAAUGAGAUGGAAGAAGCUGGAAUUGCAAGUGAUCAUUAUACAUACUCUAUAUUGAUAGAUAGUUUGUGCAAGCUAAGGCAUUUCGAUGCUGCUAAAGAACAGCUAGACAACAUGAAGAUGAGAGGAUUCAACUCAAAUUUAGUGGCUUAUAAUUGCCUGAUUGAUGGGCUAUGUAAGCAUGGAGAAGUUGAUUUAGCACUCACAGUAUUUGAAAAUAUGGAACAUAAGGAUGAUUUCACAUAUACAUCAAUUGUGCACGGACUAACCAGGAAUAGAAGAUUUCAUAAAGCAUCGAAACUGUUGCGGAAUUGCUUAAAGGAGGGUAAUAGUGUGCUCAGUUCUAUUCACCGAGCUGUGAUAGCUGGUCUUCGCAUUGCAGGAUUUAAAAAGGAUGCAAGGAAAUUAAGAGAAUCUUUACGGAUGGCUCGGCUUUCACAGUAUAAUUGAAGUACAACAUAUGAACUCUUGAAGAUUAAUUUUCUGGAGUAGAGAUAAUAUUAUGGCCUGGAUAUGAUGUGCUACCAUGGAAAAAGCAUGCAUAAUAUGAGCUGCUUGUGUACAUUGCAGAUAUCUUCCAAGCUUGAUUUUACUCCUUUGAACAUGUAGGUCAUGAUCCUCUGGAUUAUCUUUCACGGUUUCAUCUACUCAGUACAGUGGCGAGUUUCUAUCAGAGGAUAGACUAUGUGGUGCACUGGCAAUUACCUAUUGCAGCACAGAGCUAUACCACAUACAAUCACCUAUUGCAGCACAGCCUCUUCUGAAUUCUAGAGUUUUGGUUGAGAAGGAUCUUGUGGUUGCAAGAUGGAUUCCAGUAGCCACUUUAUCUCUCCAUGCCAUUGCACACUAUAAAUUGUGUGUGUGAUGUUACAAGUAGAAGAUAAAUAACAUUAACAUUUUUGUAAGAAUAUCCUUCAUGUGAAAUUUUUCUACUCACAAUAUGCUUAUCAACCCAGAAAUUCUGAGGUUCUUUGAUUGUAUUCUGGAAUAAACUGGUGCUUUAACCCCAUUACCUGUUGGCUGUUGCAAUUUAUCAUCUAUACUAUUGCAUAAUAGAAGGUGGCAAAAUAAACAGUUCAAGGUUUGAAUCAUGGUACGUCCUACAAGUCAUCUGAUAUUUUAAGGGAAAUCACAUUGCAUGAAUGCAAAUUAGUGCAUUCUGAUAAUUUCUGUUAACCAGUAUGUGACCUUUGUCAACAAAAAUUUUCUUCAUUUGUUGAUUGAUAUUAAAGGUGGAGGUUCGAGGUUUAUAGAACAAGCACACACACAUUGCAAUACUCCAACUCACUAGUCUGAUCUUCUGCCCUUGCAUUCUCAAGCCUUACCCAAGCUUAACCUUUGCUUCUUCUCUAUGGUACCUACAAAUAUUAUCAUCAGUCCAUCAAAUUAAGUAACAAUUUUCCUAUAUGAACCUGCUUUGAGUCUUAGUUCUUUCCUCAUCUUUGAAAGCUUCUGAUUCAGCAAACCUUUUUCUUCCACAACUCACUUCAUAGUGUUCAAAACACCUGGACAUGCACUCUUCCUCUGAACUCCAUUGUGGUAUGCUUAGAUCAAAAUGACUGCUGAAAUCAAGCUUGGGAAGUUGGCAGUUUUGGACCUUUGAAUUGCCUCGCAGGGGAACUUGGUUCUAUAAUGUUCUGACAUUUUGGUUUGCUGGAGCUAUUACCAUGAAUCAUGAGAUUGAUGGCAAUGGCUGCUGAUCAACCAUCUCUCUGCCUCAUCCCACUUGGAAGGGAUACUAUUUAUUCCUCCGGCAAAGCUGAAGCUUGAUUUGCCAGGAGCAGGAGGAUCCAACUUCUUCUGAUCACCAGAAGUAGACACUUCUACUCUCCUAUCUUUCCUUUUCCUAAAAUCUUCUCUUUCAUAUUUGUCACUUCAUGAGUAAAGAGAUAAAGGUGGGCAAUAUCUCAAUAUAUAUUACGCAGAUGAUGGAAUAGCAAGUGAAGAUGUCUUGUCUUAAUGUUGUCUCUUUUUUUUUCAUUUGAUUUGACGACUUGAAGCAUUGUAAGGCUACUUCUAUCCACACUGCUUGCCAGCAAGGGAAGCUGAAAAGUUCGUAACUCUCUGAGUAAGAGUAAGAUUAGUUCCUCGAAUUUCUUUGAUUCAUCUCGUGUAUUACGGUGAGAGCAGAUUACUCUUUCAGUGCUACGAUCAUAGCUUAUGCUCUUAGGCCACUUUUCUACAUGACACC